GAGGGGAAGGAUUUCCUCAGUCGUCAUUAGCAAACAAAGUUUCUGAUGGCAGAGAAGUGAAGUACCUCAGUUCCUUCUGAUGGCACUGAAAACGUCGGCCUUUGGUGUCAACGUAGGGGAAAAUUAUUUUUUCUAGUGACUUCGAGAAAAGUCGAGAAUUUAAAAAAAAAAACUUUCCAACUCCACGGAAGCCAACGGACGUUAACAAUUGACAGAAAUGAGUUUCAACACGACGACGUAACACUGAUAUUUACAAAGGAAUCGUCCGGUUACUCCGGGUACAACAACGAGUUAAAGUGUUCAUUUUUAUAAUUACGAAAACAAUUUUUUUUUAAAAAAAAUAAAAUAAAAUCUGUGCGGAUGUGUCACGCGUGUGUGAAGAAAAUUUGAAGAAACUCGAAUAUUUUAAAACACAUCGACGUUAUAAGUUUUCAAAAAAAAGCAAUGAAAUGUUACCUACGACUUAAUGAAACUCAGACACGUGUUUUGGGGUAAGUAGGCUUAACUUUGAAAAUACGAAACAGAAGAUUUUUAACUCGACAGACAGACAAAAAUUAUAACUGAAAAAUGAGAUAUUUCUGUACUGACGAAACUGGUGGAAUCUGAAGGAGAUAAAACAUUUUUCUGAAAUGAAUUAGCUGCAUUAGACACCGAGAAUAGACGCUCGUUGCUAAGAGAACUGUAGAAAACUGUUUUGAUGGCAGAGCACGUGGGAGUUGUGUUGAUCGGCUGUGGGGAAUCCUUUCUGCACGAGAAGAAACAUGGUCGGGAAUCGAAUCUCAGUCCACACGCAGCCCAGGACGUGAGAAAAUCCAUACGAGGGGUGUGAAAAAGGCCCCUUUUCAUGAAAAGAGGGGCUCUGUAUUAGAAGAUUAUGGUCUUGGAGACGGGCGGGUUACCACCUCCGUUGCAACUGUACGCUGCAGCGGCUGCUGCCGCCUCCGGGGGCGGCACGUGUUUAACUAGGCCUCCAGUCAUGCCUCCGUUUUUCCACGCCUCGACACAUUUCGCAGCUUCCAGGACCGGAGGGACGACUGGAGGAUUCCCCAUGGGUCUCGCAGGAUUUGCGGUUCCACCUGGGUUUCUGCAUCAUCAUGGAGCUUUGGGUCCCCGGUUCGCAUCUUUGGCAGCGUCUGUUGUGGGGGCAAAUAGCCGGCAACAUGAGCCCGGAGCCGCCGUGGAUCUGGGCUCCGGUGGAGUCCUCAGACGGAGGGUAAUGCAACUCUCCGAAGACAGUGCGUCUGAGGGAACGUCGCCGAAGAAAGAUGGUGACGGCGACGCUGAUCUAGGUGGCAGCACUGGCGGCGGAGGAAAGCGCCGUCGGUCGCGGACCAACUUCAACAGCUGGCAGCUGGAGGAGCUCGAGCGCGCCUUCCUCGCCAGUCACUACCCGGACGUGUUCAUGCGGGAGGCGCUCGCCAUGAGACUCGACCUCAAGGAGUCGCGAGUCGCGGUGUGGUUCCAGAACCGAAGAGCCAAGUGGCGUAAGAAGGAGCAUACAAAGAAAGGACCUGGACGCCCGGCACACAACGCGCACCCUCAGACGUGCAGCGGGGAGCCUAUCCCGGAGGAGGAGCUUCUGCGUAAAGAGCGGGAACGCCGCGAGAAAAAGCUAAUCAAGUCACUGGAGCGACAGCAGCGGAAACUGGCGGCCAAAGGAAUCGCUGUCGACAUCGCCACCUUGCGGCGAGACUGGGAACAACAACAAGGAAAGAAAUUAUCCGGUAGAGUCCACCAGUCGUCGUCUCAACAAACAUCCUCUUCCAACAACAACAACAACAACGACUCCUCAAGCUGUUGCAGCAACACCAGUAGUUCUGGUGCUCGGGACGUCGAGAUAGAUGUCGUUGGUGACGACAGCGACAGCGAAGAGGACGACGCGUCUUCUAGAAAAAGCGAUUCGGUCCCACUCAGUUUCGUAACAGUUUCGCCGUCAUCAACUGCAAAAGGUGAUGACGAGUUUGGUGAUCGUCUGAGAAUGAUGAGCAGGGCAGAUCUGUCUUUCGAACACUACAGACAACACCAACAAAACUCGACCACACCAACAAUCGAUCUCUCCGUUGUUAACAAGUGCAACAACGACAACAACAACAAACAAAGAAGAUUGAAUCCUUUCAGUAUAGAAUCUCUUCUGUCAAGAACGGAAUAUUCCGCUUCUACAAUGACGGAAAACAGUACGAACCACUGUCUUACGACAAGAGAGACACCUCGUGAUUUAACGACGAACUUGUGACUCGAGUAACUGAAAUACUUACUUUAUAUUUGUGUGUGUUUUUUUUUAACUGAAAAUGUCGGGUUCAGUUUCGAAACAGGAUUUUAAAAAAAUAUAACCAAUCAAAUGCACAGAUUCUUACGUUACUCUCUUGAACAAACAAUACGUCAUGGAAGCGAAAAGUGUCCUCUGGUGUUCAAAACUGAUUCAGAAAACUGUUACUGCCCUUUGAACCGGUGAAGAAGAAUUCCCCGUGGGGGGAUAUAAUAUUUAUUAAUUUCAAAUUUUGGGCUUAUUUUCUAUGUCAUCGAUUAUUGUAACACUCGUUCCAAACUGUUACAUUUUCUGUUUCAUUAACUGACAAAUUUAUUUUCGUAAAUGCACGUAUCAAAGUUAUUAAAAUAUUAACUGUAGUUUUCAAAAUAUUGAGUUUAUCACAAACAGUGUUAGUGUUCUUUGUAUUAACAAUGCUUUCGAGUACGCAAGCACUUUCUUCAGAGUUUCUCCACACUUCUCAACAUAACAGCCCAAAAAUCCCUGCUGCUGGCUUAAAAUACUCACAACUUCAGAAUACACUGAUAUUACGUAUUCAAGCGCCGACUGACGAGUAGAUCAGACACUAAGAUCGAAAUUAAAUACAUUUACGUAUUACGUCAGUUGAAGUACUGUUUCUAAAUUGACUUUAUACUGUGAUUUAUUCAAUUUCUUUUAAAUUACUUUACUUUUUUCAUGUUAUCCCAUAAAAAUGACCUGGGAGUAAACCCGAACAUGACAUAAACUCUUCAUAUAACUUAAAAUUACACUAUCAGAUUCCGUUUAAAUGGCUUACAACGAUUCUGAAGGGAUUUAACUAACACACUGUAUUUUUAUGAACGAAAGCAUUAUUUUUAUUUUAAUUCCGUAGAAAUUAUUUAGCUAUUAUCAUCUAGUCACGCUUAUUCCUAACAGAAAUGUUAUUUUAAUUGGCACUCAGACCUCAAAUGAACUGAAAAGCAAACCAAUUUCGUUCCAAAACACUGAACUCGACAGUUUCCAUCUGAAUCUUUGUUCCUUUGUUACGUUAUAUUUCCUGUGAAUUGUUUUUACGAAACAAAUGCACGUUGGCUGGUUAAUUUACACUUCAACUGGAAAUAAGAUAAAAGUGAAACAGAAUAUAGGUGGAGAAACAAUCGAUGUCUGUCAAACUGAAGAUCUGUCGACAAGCGAAGUAACAAAUGCAGUAAUGUGUUGUUGUCGAGUGUUUUUAUGUUUAUUGUUUAUUUUACUUUGUGUACAGAUCCAGAACAUCGAACGUUGUUAACAUAAAACUGUAAGAUACUUAGAAGAUAACUACAAUUAAUCUCGAACACAAAUAUUAAGCAAUAACGCAAUAUCACUUUUCAGAUCAUUGUAUCAUAACGGAAUUAAAAUGUCUGAUUAAAUUAAUGCCGAUAA